AUGAGGGAACUCAAUGGCAUUGGCAAUGGUGAGAAUCAGAUUGGUAGACGCCGUGCCGUGCCCGUGUUAUAUCUUCAAGGGUCUCAUUAUGAUGUUGGCUUCGAUGUGGGACGAGUCUUCUCAUCUAUAAUAAGGAAUUUCCUGGCCACUUACGAAAAUUUGCGCGACUUCGAAAAGGAGUAUAAGACAUCAACUGGACGAAAGGCAUACGAGACUACACUCUGCAAUAUGAAGAAAAGAUAUCCUUAUUACGUGAAGGAAAUGCAAGGUAUCGCGGAUGGAGCCAACGUGUCAUUCCACCAGUUGUUCCUAUUGCAAAUGGAUGACCUCAUUGGGACCAUAAACGACAACCACAUCCCCAGAGACGAUACUGGAGGUUGCAGUUCCAUUGGCAUCAUGACUCAAGACAAUACCAUCCUCGGACAUACGGAAGAUGCAUUCAGCGAAACUCUCAACCAUUUCUACAUAAUGUCAGCACACAUCAUACCGACACCAGAGGAUAGAGAACAAGGGGCUGUCGAAGAAAGAUUUGCAUCACUUUGUUAUGCCGGCCACCUCCCUGGCUACACUAUGGGGUACAAUGCAAACGGAUUAGUAUUUUCGAUCAACACUCUCAGUCCUUUAGUACUAAAACCUGGUAACACGCCACGUACUUUCGUAACUCGAGCGUUAUUGGCUGCGAAGAGCUUUUACGACGCAGAAAGAAUAUUGUUGGACGAGGGGCUUGGCAUCGGCAACGGUUUCUCAGUGAACAUGAUAUGGACUGACUCCUGGGGGGCGAGACAACUCUACAACGUGGAAGUAGCACCAAACCUCAAGGCUGACAAGUCUUUAGUGAAUAUACACAAAUAUGACAAGGAACCGCUUGUCCAUUGCAAUAGAUACCAAAGAGCUAACGUGACGGAAGUAGUAGGUCCUAUAAUAGACAGUAGCGCCGCGAGAUUGGAGGCCAUUCACGCUCAUCCCAUACCAAAGAACAGGAAAGAUAUAGAAAACAUACUCUCCGAUCAGACCGGGAAAAGCUUCACAGUCUUUCAGGAUAGAGAUACGAUCAUCAAAACUAUCGCCGCCGGUGUAUUCGACUUGGCCAAGCGUACUUGGAGUAUCUACAUCAACAAGCCAAAUGUUUCAGAGCCUGUUGCCAUAUUACCUAUAAGAUUUUCUAUGAUAGACGAUGCACAAUAA